CCAGACGCGGGCCAGCCCCUGCCAAGCCUGGCCAGCCGCGCCCACCCGGUCGCCAUGGAGCUUCCCUCAGGUCUGUGCGAGGAUCCUCGCUCCUGCGACGAUGACUCGGACGCUGAGCUGGAGCCAGACCCCGACGCGCAGGCCGAGGCCUACGUGGCCCGCGUGCUUACCCCGCCUAAACCAGGCUUGAUUGCCCCGCGCGCCCCGCUGCAGUCCAGGCUUUCGGCGACCCCCGGCGCGCUGGAGCGAAGGGCGGCCUCCAAGGUCUCAGCGGCGCAUGUGCCCAGCCUGCUGAGCCUGCCCCCGGAGCUGCUACUUGAGAUCUGCGGCUACCUAGAUGCUCGCGUCGUGCUCCACGUCCUGCCGUGCGUGUGCCAAGCGCUGCACGACCUUGUACGUGACCAUGUCACCUGGCGGCUACGUGCUCAGCGCCGCGUGCGCGCGCCCUACCCGGUGGUGGAAGAGGAGGACUUUGACUGGCCAGCGGCCUGCAUCGAACUGGAACAGCACCUGGCCCGCUGGGCAGAGGAUGGGCAACGGGCCGAGUACUUCUGCCUGUCUGAUGGGCACUUUGCUUCCAUUGAUGCAGUGCUGCUGCUCCAGGGUGGGGCACUGUGUCUUUCGGGCUCCCGAGAUCGCAAUGUCAACCUGUGGGACCUGCAGCACCUGGGGAAGGAGCCCAACCGAGUUCUGGUCAAGGCCUUGGGGACCCAAGGCAACAGCACACACAAGGGCUGGGUGUGGUCGCUAGCAGCUCAGGACUAUCGAGUGUGCUCCGGUUCUUGGGACAGCACUGUGAAGCUGUGGGACAUGGCAGCUGAUGGGCAGCAGUUCGGCGAGAUCAAGGGCAAGGCGGCUGUGCUAUGCCUCUCCUACCAGCCUGACAUCCUGGUGACUGGCACCUAUGACAAGAAGGUGACCAUCUACGAUCCCAGAGCUGGCCUGGCCCUGGUGAAGAGUCGAAGGCUGCACUCAAGUGCUGUGCUGGCGGUGCUGGCAGACGACAGGCAUAUCAUCUCAGGCAGCGAGGACCACAGUCUUGUGGUGUUCGAUCGCCGCACCAACAGUGUACUGCAGCGACUACAGCUGGAUUCCUAUCUGCUCUGCAUGUCCUACCAGGAGCCCCAGCUCUGGGCGGGUGAUAACCAAGGCCUGUUGCACGUGUUUGCCAACCGGGAUGGCAGCUUCCAGCUUGUCCGGUCCUUUGACGUGGGCCACCAGUCUCAGAUCACAGGGAUCAAACACUCGCUGGGGACUUUGUACACCACAUCCACUGACAAAACCAUCCGGGUGCAUGUGCCCACAGACCCACCAAGAACCAUCUGUACCAGAAGCCACCACAAUGUGCUGAAUGGGAUCUGUGCUGAGGGCAAUGUGGUGGUGGCUGCCUCUGGGGGCCUGUCAUUGGAGGUCUGGAGGCUGCUGGCCUGAGCAGGUGGACAUGGCUGUGGAUGUUGGCAUAUACUGCUGGCUGAGGCUGGGCCUUAGCCUCUGCUCUCGGGGACCUGCCCACUGUUGGUGCUGCUUCUGUCUGGCCCCACAGGCCUGAGGCACAGGAAGCCCCUGGCACAGCCAGGCAGGGCCCCUAGGGCUGGGAUCACACCUGUGCCUGUGGGCGAUAUUGCAGUUCUGGCCUACCCAGGGGCUGUUCCUAUAUUCCAGCCCCAGGUUGUCAUGUUUUGUUUCUUGUUUCUUCUUUUGUUUUCUUAAGGCGGGGUCUCAUGUAACUAAGGGCUGGCCUCAUACAUACUAUGUAGCUGAGGCUGGCCUUGAAUUUCUGAUCCUCCUGCCUCCAUCUCCCAAGCGCUGGAAUUACAGGCAUGUGCCUGUUUGUUAGGUUUUGGAAUUUUGGUGCCCCUUUCCAGACAAGAGUGAAGGAGAAAUAAACCUAUUGUGCAGCUCUUGA